UAUUUUAAAAAAAUGGAAUAACAGUAAACAAAUCAAACAAUUGUGUAUUCUAUGGGCUACCGAAGCAAAAGCACUCAAGCUUGCUUUUUCAACUGUAAUGACAGAAUCAAUUUAUCAAGAAUUACAGGAAUCAUUAACAAAAGAAAAUAAUCUACUUCUUCAAGCAUUAAGACACAUCGUUGACGGUUGGAUAGAUUCUCAGUUUAAUAAUACUGCGGCACUUUCUAAACUUGCUUUAGAUCCACAUAUCAGCAGCAUUUUCUCAAAUUGGUAUGCCAUAGAGAAUGUGGUGUUAUAUUUAGAGGAUAAAGACAAGAAUAAUGGUAAAUAA